AUGCUGGUUCCUGAAACGCCUCAGUGUCAGCUCAAGGAUGCUCUGGCGGUUUGUGAAUGGGCGAGGACCAUCUGCCCUGUCGAAUUCGAGACACUGCCUGACCCGGACGAUCUUGAGACCUAUUUUCUGGAUAUUGCUGAGACAUCCACAAUCUUAAAAGCCAUCGCAUUCACGAGCUUCGACCCAUCUUGCACGGCCGCCGAGCGGCUCUGUCCUGGCACUGGAGAGAUCACUGUGCUUGCAUUCAUUCAAGAGUCUUCGCUGAUGGCCUGUCCGAUCCGUGGUGAGCAAAUUGGCGGCAAGUUCGACUUGCUCAAAUGGCUCAAAGAUUAUGGGCCGACGUUCUUGGACGCGUUCGCUUCGUGUUCGCUGGGUAACCGUCAAUGCCCCACCCCUGUCGAGAUCGCGCUUGAGAUAGAGGCGACCAUCAGAUACUACCUUGCGGCGAAAGGGGUGGUAAAGGCUCUAGAAUGUGAUGAUCAGAUGUUCAAAUGGAACUUCGCACGCGCAUGUCAUCGCCAACAUCAGAAGAUGUUGGAGGAGCGCAAUACCCCAGAAGAAGCUUCGGGCUCUGUCGAACAACGUAUCACUGGACUUCCUGAGUCCUCUGACAUGUCUCAAGAUUCCAACGGCGCUCACGAGCGAUCCGGCGAGGAAGGGAACACAAACGACAAUGACACAACAAGCCGUGCCUUGAACGAGAACCAGCAGCGCAGCGCCCUCAACGAUGAUACCAACAUCGCCAAUCUACAACGCGAGAUCAAGAAGUUGCGUGUAAGACAAAAGAAGACAAUGCGUCUUGAGGACAAAUUCGCUACCCUAGAGGUACGCUUGACUACUUCAGAGAAUAGAGAGAAGGUCAUGAGUGACCGGCUUGACGCCAUUACUCAGGAGCGGGAUGACAUGGAACAGCGGCACCAGACUCUUUGGAAUGAAUGUUUCUUCUUCAAGGCAGUCCAGGUAGAUCGCACCAACACGGCUCUCGGAGCAGUGUUAGUUCUGUUCAACGACCUUACUCUACUCGAAGGUGAGGUUGAAAGGCUGACAACUGAGCACGAAGAGCUUAAGAAAGAGAACAGCGGCCUGGGCGGCAAGUUGCAUACCAUGAUCGAGUUUGCUAUGAAGUCAAAAAACGCCACAGUUCUGCAUAGGGUCGCGAAUGAGUCAGCUGUGGCUCACAUCAAGAAGCUAGAGGAGAAGGUCGAAGAGCUGGAGACACAGAUGAGAAAGCAAGAGACUUUGGUCAAGCAAGAAGAGUUUGAGAAACGCCGCAUCGCUAUGGACUCGGCUCAUUGA